AUGCGCGAUGUUUUUCAGAUGCACUUCCGCAAUGCCUCCAAGAAUGAAGUCGAGUACGAAGCUCUGUUGCAUGGCAUGCGGAUGGCAAAAGCGUGCGGCGCCACUCGCCUAAUGAUCUAUGGUGACUCCAACUUGGUUGUGAAGCAAACAAUGAAGACCUGUGACGCAAUAUCAGACACCAUGAUCGCCUACCGUGAUAUGUACAACACAUUGGAGGGUAAUUUUGAUGGUUGUGAGCUCGUGCAUGUCAGCCGAGCCAGUAAUGAAGAGGCUAAUCAUCUGGCCAACCUGGGUUCCACACGGGCAGCAGUUACGCCUGGCGUUUUUCUGGAGACCAUCCAUCAGCGAAGCAUUAAAGAUAAGAGCGCGACAAUUUCAGUCAAAAAGUCGCCCAACUCAGAUCCCACAGCCGAUUCAGCAAUUUCACCUGACAACCCCGCAAAUGAGCAAGCAGCAGCCGGCGUAGUCGAAGUCCUGGCAAUUGAACCAACAUGGAUCAAACCUUUACUCGUAUACAUGCUCCGGCAGGAGUUGCUAGAGGAUACAACCGAAGCUAGAAGGAUUAUGCGGCGAUCGAAAGCUUUCACAGUAAUCAACAACGAGUUGUACAAGCACAACGUCUCCGGUAUUUUUCAGAGAUGUAUCUCACCAGAAGAAGGACAUGAUAUCCUCCUAGAUAUCCAUCAGGGCACGUGCGGGCAUUAUGUCGGAAGCAAGACAAUCACCGCCAAAGCCUUCAGAGCUGGAUUCUACUGGCCCACGGCCCUACUCGAUGCCCAGGCUAUCGUCAACAAAUGCGAGGCAUGUGAGAUGUUCGCCACGAAGCCGCAUGCCCCAGCAUCCGAACUCAAGACAAUUCCCAUCGUUUGGCCUUUUGCGCAAUGGGGACUCGAUAUGGUAGGCCCGCUGAGGAAGUCGCGUCAUGGAGGACACCGCUUUCUGCUAGUCGCGAUUGACAAAUUUUCAAAGUGGAUCGAAGCCAUGCCAAUUGGAAGUGCCACAUCCGCAACGGCUAUUCAAUUCUUCAGGUCUAUCGUUUUCCAUUUUGGCGUUCCUCACAGUAUCAUCACAGACAAUGGAAGCAACUUCAAAGCAGCCGACUUUCAAGACUUCUGCGAGCAGAUGGGGAUCCGAAUCAACUAUGCUGCAGUCGUGCACCCGCAGACAAAUGGCCAAGUCGAAAAGGCCAACGGUCUACACACCGAAGGCAUGCGGGAAAGUUCACCCAUUUCUUCAUGGUGUAUGGAGCAGAAGCAGUACUGCCAUCCGAAGUAA